UUUCCCCGUGCGUUCACUCUCUCCUCAUAAAUAAAGACUUUGAGACGUUUAAGAAAGUUUUGAAAAAAGAGCAUGUGUCGAUGCUCUUCAAGGACAACAAUUCGCUCCUGCACCAUGCUGUGGCGAGUGGUGACAGAGAAAGCGUGCGGAUGGUCCUGGAUCUGGGCGCUUCGGUGAACUGCCAGAGUGUGAAAGGCUACACCCCUCUGAUCGUUGGUGUACUGCACAAGUUUUACGAGAUCUGCAGCCUGCUGACCGACCGCGGGGCUGAUGUCAACAUGUGCGACGCUGACUUGUGGACCGCGCUGCAUUAUGCCACCCAGGCGGGAGAUGAGAGAGUCACUCGCCUGAUGUUAAACAAUAAGGCGAAAGCCGAUGCCAAAGAGAAGGACGGCUGGACGCCUUUGCACUUAGCUGCUCAGAAUGGCCGCGAGAGCAUAGUAAGGCUCCUGCUUCGACUCCUCGACGGUGUGGACGAGCAGGAGGGGAAGUGCGGGCGGACGGCGCUUCACAUGGCCUGCCUGUAUGGCUAUGUAAAUAUCGCCAAGCUUCUGCUUGCCAACGGAGCUCACAUAAACAAAACCGAUUACACGCAAUCAACUCCUCUGCGCCUGGCGGCAGAAGAGGGUCACUUCAGGGUGGUUCAUUUGCUGGUGAAAAGCGAGGCCAAUGUCAAUACAGUUGAUGAGCGAAGCUACAGUCCCCUUCAUUUUGCUGCUCUGAAAGGUUACACGGGAAUCUGCAGGCUCCUGCUGAAUAAAGGAGCCGACCCCAAUAUCAAAACCCACCAGAACUGGACGGCCAUGCACCUGGCAGCCCUGAAGGGCCACCACGAGACCAUACUUGUAUUGGAGGAGUACCACGGUUCAGUCAACGCCCAAGGGAAGGACGGCUGGACACCGCUUCAUCUGGCCUGCCAUCAUGGGCAGGAGGAGGUGGUCAACGUGUUGCUGGCAGCAGGUGCUGACCCUAACCUAGCUGAGGAUAACAGCUGGACACCUCUUCACUUGGCCUGUAACACUAGCUGCUUCCCAGUCGUGCUGCAGCUGAUAUCCCAUCAAGCUAACGUGAACGCCCAGAAUAACAGCCAGUCGACGCCGUUACAUUUAGCCGUCCAGCAAAGCAACAUUCCCAUUAUCAAAGCACUAUUAAUGAAUAAUGCACAGCAGUGGAUGCUGGACUCGAAAGGAUGCACUGCCUUAACCUUGGCCCAAAGGUCCAACAACAGAGAAGCAGUACUGUUACUAGACAGCUAGCACACGGGUUGAGAGCGAGCUGUGUUUGGUGACAGAUAACUCGGCCGUUAGAGAGAGAGCAGCAUUGAUUUCUGCCAUCGAUUUCCUUCCUCUGAAAAGCCUGUUCUUAUAAACACAGUCAAUGCUUUUCUUGAUUUAAAUUCUAAGAAUUUAAUGACUCAGUAGCACAGAGCUCAGGUGUGUUCUCAGAAGUGUUGAAUGAAACCAAUUUGACUCUUUUCCUACACUAGCUGUAUGUAGACUUUCAGAAGAAAUGGUACAAAAGCUGUCACCAUGAUGCACUACUUAGAAACAUAUAUAAAAAGUAAAAAAGGUAGCGCCCCAGUGAUAGCUUUUGUACCUUUAUUUGAAAGUGCAGUAAAAUCUUUAAAGAGAAAAAUCGUGUGUACCACAAAUUGUGUGUUUUGGAUACCUAAUUAUGUGUUUAGUUUAAUGCAUUAAUAAAUGUACGGUACAAUAUAAAAUUUUACCAUUGUCAUGUCCAACAAUGUAUGCACAUACAAAUGUCAUGGUAAAAAAUGAUAAGCAUUCAAGAAAUUCAAAUGAUGUUUAACCUUUACUUACACACACACACACACACACACAAACUAGUUUGACAACAUGUUUCUCACUUCCCGAAAGGCUUCCGCUUUUGAUUAGAAAGCGUUGUAAACUUGGUUUAACCUUUCCUUGUUAUUAUACAAUAGCAUGACCACACAAAAAGUAUAUGGGUGGUUGUGCUUCAACCGAACUUAUGCCACAUAAGCACAGCUAUGUGAUAUGGCUUAGAGUAAAUUCUAUUGGUAGCAUUUUAUUUCAAUCUUAGUGUCAUUGGUCCAUUAGUUCAUAGCUCUGCCAACAUUAAAAAAAUUUACACCAAAAAAAGGGGCUGCCCUACAUACCCUACAAGUCCCUCUGUAGUUGAUAAUUUUAUAAGUUAAUACCUAUUAUAAAAUAUUUAAAAGUUUUCCUGUGACAGUAAUUUCUUCAUGCUUUAAUACAGCUGGAAUGUAACUCUACACCCUUGAAUCCAUUAAGAAUAUGCAAAGCUACAAAUAUGCAAAUUAGUCCCACCUCUACUAAUUCAGACAGCUUGGACCAUUGAUAAUUAGAUAAUUCGCUCCCACCUCCACUCUUUAUCACAACAUGAUCUCACGAUUGAUGGCACGAAAUUCCGCUUUUUUUCGUGUAACUCGCACAAAUUUUUUUUUAAAUGGGUUUUCAUGUCCGUGGCACAACUUUCUUUUUCAUGUCAUUUUAUGUAUUGUUUUCUCUUUUUUUCCCUAUUUUUAAAUCAUUGUCACUUGGGGGUGGGGUUAGAUUUGGGUUAGUAUGUACUUUUAUGUUUUGGUUUCUACAUGUUCCGCUUUUAAAACUAUUUUCCCCUGGAGUUGGGGUUAGAGUUGAGGUUUAUUUUAGGAUGUCUAAAAAUGUAACAGAAAGUGAUUCCAACCCCAACCCCAAGCGAAAAUCGUAAGAAAAUAGAAAAAAAACUAUGAGAAAACAAUACAUAAAAUGCCACGAAAAAGUAAGUCAUGCCAUGGACAUAAAAAACUAAAGAAAUUUGUGCGAUGUUAGUAAAAUCGUAAAUCCCCUCUCAUUCACUCCAUAUAACUUACUGUACAUGCUGUCACCUUGGAAUACUGGAAAAACAAGACAAGCAGACUGAUAUAAACAUACUACUGUUGCCACUGUGUACAAUACUAUUGUCAGUUCAAGAUAGAGGACAACUUUCUUUGAGAGAAACUAAUUGUUGUAUAAAGCAAAUAUAUAUUUUUCACUGCUACACUAGUUUUAUUCUAGGCAUCAUUACACAACUAAAUGUAAGGUCAAUCUAAAUAAGAAUGACAUUUCUGAUACAUGAAACAUAACAGGUUAGCUUUAAAAAUCUUGAAUUAUAAUGUUCUUAUUCCUUCAGGAUUUACAGGAGGCAUCCAGUAACUGAUUCUGGGCCAUUAAAACAAAAAUAUCAAAAUUAGUAUUUGUUAAGUUUUUACUUAAAAGUAUUUUAAGCAUUUAAUAAAACCUCAAUAAAGUCUGUAAAAUAGCAAAAGCUUUUGGGAGAACAUCCACAGCAUCCACAACUUGUCUGUUGAUGCAAUCUUCUCUAAUAUGUUGUAAUUUGAAAUGAAAUUGCUUUGUAUUAUCCCUUUUUCAGGUGAUUUUUUAUUUUUGUCUAGAAAUAAAAGAAUAAAUCCAAAACAUAACUGGUUCAGUUUACAUAAAUAAUG